AACUUUGCAGCCUCCGGGAGGCAGCGAGCCCAAGGCCGGGGCUGCUCUUGCGGGCGAUCGGAGCGCGGGGCGCAGGGGUUAAUGUCGUGGCCGCCUGGUAUGAAAAGGCUCUUGGGGAAGAAAUUGCAGGAACCGUCAGCGUGGGGACAACGGGUGGAGCGGGACUUCAUCGUAAACACAGGCCCUUCAGGAAUGUGAUCCAGGAUGCUGGCCCUGCGGCUGCUGAACGUGGUGGCCCCCGCCUACUUCCUGUGCAUCUCCCUGGUGACCUUCGUGCUGCAGCUCUUUCUCUUCUUGCCCAGCAUGCGCCAGGACCCCGCAGCGGCGCGCCUCUUCUCGCCUGCGCUGCUCCACGGGGCCCUCUUCCUCUUCCUCUCCACCAACGCCCUGGGCAACUACGUCCUGGUCAUCCAGAACUCCCCGGACGACCUGGACGCCUGCCAGGGGGCCACCGCCCUCAGGGCCCCCUGCCCCCCACCCAGCACCCACUUCUGCAAGGUGUGCGCCAGGGUCACCCUGAGACACGACCACCACUGCUUCUUCACCGGCAACUGCAUUGGCAGCAGGAACAUGCGCAACUUCGUCCUGUUCUGCCUCUACACCUCGCUGGCCUGUCUCUACUCCAUGCUGGCCGGCGUGGCCUACAUCUCCGCGGUCUUGUCCAUCUCCUUCGCCAACCCCUUGGCCUUCCUCACCCUCCUUCCUACCUCCAUCAGCCAGUUCUUCGCCGGAGCUGUCCUUGGUUCUGAGAUGUUCGUCAUUCUCAUGCUUUACCUCUGGUUUGCCAUCGGCCUGGCCUGCGCCGGCUUCUGCUGCCACCAGCUGCUGUUGAUCCUCCGCGGGCAGACGCGGCACCAGCUACGGAAGGGGGUGCCCGUGCGUGCCCGGCCCUGGCGCAAGAACUUGCAGGACGUCUUCGGGAAAAGGUGGCUGCUAGGACUGCUGGUCCCCAUGUUCAACGUUGGCGGAGAGAACUCCAAGCAGAGGGACAAGUAACCCUUCGUGUGUGGUCUCCACUCAUGCCUCAUGGGACCACAGGCUGUGAGGGCCUCCCACCUGCCCCAGCGGAAAACAGAGCUGGUGGGUGAGCCCUGACAAGAAGGAAAAAGUCCCCUUCCCCCCGAAGCCAGCAAGGCUGCCGGAAAGGCCUUUGUCAUUGGUUUCUUCCCCCAGGGAGACCUGUCCUCUUCCUCUCUCUGCCCACCCCCCCUUCUCUCUGUCUGCCACCCCCUCCUGCCAGUGUCUCCACCAUUGCUGCUUUCUGCUCCAGACCCCCUUUUGGGAGUGGGGACUGGAUUCUUGAAGCUGAAAUGAUCAGCCCGGAAUGUGGAGAUUGGCUGAAGUGUAGAUUGGCUGUGUGAGGGCAGCCCCAAUGUAGGAUCUAGGGGUAGAGGGGGUUCUGGUCCCCUUUCUGGACCUGUGAGCACAGGGGAGGAGAACAAAGCACAGUGUGUAUCCAGCCUUUGCUCCACCCCAUGCGCAUGGCCCUGAGUUGUCCAGUGCUGUCCUCUGGCCACACUGUCCCUGCAGUCUGUCAGUCCAUGCCAGGGCCUGGCUGAGCAAAGUUCUUUCUUUGGCACCCACACCAGCCUUCCUGUCUCUGGCCUUGGUCUCUGCUGGGUGCUGGGGUAGUGAGAAAGAAGGAAAGGGGAACUACUGGUGAUAGGCCAGGCAAGAGACCGCAUAACUGUAUAGAUAGGAUGAGGGACAGAGGGGGAAAGAGGAAGAGAAGAGGGGGUCAAAGAGGGGGGAGAGGAGGAGAGCGGGGAGGAGAGGGGAGGAGAGGGGAAAAGAAGAGAGGACAGGGCUGGAGAGGUAGCACAGUGGUAGGGUGUUUGCCUUGCACGCUGCAACUCAGGACCAACCUGGGUUCCAUCCCCAGCAUCCUGUAUGGCCCCUUGAGCCUGUCAGGAGUG